GAGUGGCGGACGCGGAACGCUCAAGACCUUGCCUGCUGCCGGCCCGAGCUGCCCGUCCGGCUGUCCCCGCGUGCUCCGCAGCACGGUUCUCGGGCCCUGCUGGACACGCGGAGGAGCAGCCGAGCUGAACCCAGGAGCGCCUGGUGCAGCGGCUCUCUCGCCAAGAGGGGACUGACUUCAUCAGCCGUUGCUGCAGAGACAUGAGGGGCGGCUCCUGGCUUCGGGACCGUGAGACGGACUCGCGGAGAGCCAUCUAGGCGCAGACUCCACCGACGGCGGCCCGCGUCCUCCCGGGGUCCGCGGAGGGCUCGCGGGAGGGCUCCGGAGACCUGCGGCGGGCGGGCGCGUGGACACAGCAUGUUCCCGCGGAGGCCUCCGGCCGCCCUGGCCGCCUGGCUGGCGGGGACGCGGGGCGGGGGCCUGCUCGCUCUCUUGGCCAAUCAGUGCCGCUUCGUGACGGGCUUGCGCGUGCGGCGCGCGCACCAGAUCGCCCAGCUCUACGGCCGCCUGUAUUCCGAGAGCUCGCGCUGCGUCCUGCUCGGACGCCUGUGGCGCCGGCUGCGUGGACGCCCUGGCCAUGCCUCUGCCUUGAUGGCGGCGCUUGCUGGUGUCUUCGUGUGGGAUGAGGAGAGGAUCCAGGAGGAGGAGUUGCAGAGAUCCAUUAAUGAAAUGAAACGGUUGGAGGAAAUGUCAAGCAUAUUUCAGAGCUCUGGAGUCGAGCAUCACCCUCCAGAAUCAAAAUCCCAAACAGAAGGGAAUGAAGAUUUAAAGGACAAAGAGGAACCAUGGGAAAUGGUGAUGGAUAAAAAACAUUUUAAACUGUGGCGGCGCCCAAUUAUAGGCACCCACCUUUACCAGUACCGAGCUUCUCUUUUGCAGCUGGACACAGAGUAUAGAAAAAAGUGGGAUGCUCUGGUGAUCAAGCUGGAGGUGAUUGAGAGGGACGUGGUUAGUGGUUCUGAGGUUCUUCACUGGGUAACCCAUUUCCCUUAUCCGAUGUACUCUCGGGAUUAUGUUUAUGUUCGACGAUACAGUGUGGAUCAAGAGAACAAUGUGAUGGUGUUGGUGUCUCGUGCUGUACAACAUCCCAGUGUGCCAGAGUCUCCAGAAUUUGUGAGGGUCAGAUCCUAUGAAUCCCAAAUGGUUAUCCGUCCCCACAAGUCAUUUGAUGAGAAUGGCUUUGACUACUUGUUGACAUACAGUGACAAUCCCCAGACUGUGUUUCCUCGCUAUUGUGUUAGUUGGAUGGUUUCCAGCGGCAUGCCAGAUUUCCUGGAGAAGCUUCACACAGCCACUCUGAAAGCCAAGAACAUGGAGAUCAAAGUGAAGGACUACAUCGCGGCUAAGCCUCUAGAAAUGAACAGUGAGGCCAAGGCCACUUCCCAGUCCUCUGAGCGGAAGACUGAGGGUAGUCAUAGCCCUGCUCAGAUUGAAUAUGCCUGAAAGACUUUGGGAUAAGGAUAGACAGAUACUUCUAACCCUGUCUCAGUCCCUUAUCACUGCUACAGAACGGGGACAAGCCACAUGUAUUAGAAGAAGGUGUCUGCUGUAACCACCAAUGCAGGAUAAUUCACUAACUGGAGUCUUGAUCUUAUUCAGAGCCCUUAUUGCUCUCUAGCAAACAGAGAAGGCAGCAUUGUGGAGACAUUGUCAAAUUCUCAGGCUAACCAUUUUGAGGUUCAGUGUUUCUCCGAGCUAGUCUGGAACAAACCUUUCACCUCAGGCCAGAAGGGGAUGACUUCCAUCUGCUUCUUCCAAGUAGUUUCCUUGCUGACAUUCCAUAUCUUACCAUUGGUUGUGCAGUGCUUGGAUUUCCUUCCAUUCUGCAAGUCGCCUGGAAGGUGUGGUUGGCUGGUCAUUUCUUAUGAGGGGGUCACUGGGAGUACUCUUGGUAACAGGUCUAGUGUGAAUGGGUGUGAAUGAUACUUGGCCAUAUUAAGUGCCUUGUCCUCACCUUUUAUCCUUAGGGACAUGAAGUUUUUACCAAGAAAUUUCUCCUCUUGCAGAAUACCACCCCACUCAAAGCUAUAUUCUUUGGAUCAUUGCUUCUUUGCCAGCCUUAGCCAUUUGCCAAGAACACUAGAAAUGAGCCCUUUUAGACAACAGCUUUCUGUAUCACUAGUUCCUUUGUCAGGGUCAGUGAAAUGCACACAAAAAAAAUCACAUUUAAUUUUUUAAUAUUUCUAUUAAAAAGGCCUUGGGGGAAUUGAACACUUUCUCGCCAAAGUUAUUCUGAUUAGAAAAUACAUUGUUUUGGUUCAGGCAUUUUCCCAGCUACUGAAUUGACUUGUCCUCAGAAGGCUAAAUGCAAAAGAAAUGUAGGCUGCACCCCUCCUCAGAGCUUUCAGAACUGUAGGCAAGCUGUGUGGAUGAACGGAUGCAGUCAUGCCUCAAACUCAGUACAGUGGGAAUGUGGUUUCUUCCUUUAAAAAGAUUUUCCUUCCCUCUUCAGAACUGAAACAAAAGCAGGCCACACUGUUGGGAUGGUACCAGAUGGUACUUACUGCUUGGCCUCACUAGUUUUCCUUGUAGUCAUGCACAGUCUUUUGGGAGAAUGGGGAUCAAAUUUUAAAUCCUCCUCCUUUUUUUCUGGAGUUUCUUCUUUUUUUCCUGCUUGCUAUCCUGUUGUGGUGUUGAAAGGAAUCUAAACCUGAGACUAAUUAAACACCUCCUUGACCUUCUAGUUGUUUUUUCACUUAUGUGCCAAGGAAACAAUGAAAGCCCCAGUGUUUUGUCUCUUCUCGGAGUUGUUUUGCAGAGCAGAGUUGCAUUGAGCAGUCUGGCAUCUUUUUAUCACCAUUUCUUUCCCCUGGGACCUGACAGAAACCAGAGAAAAUUCUCUGGGUCAUGUGUGAACUUAGCGCCUGUGGUUGUGAACAGUUGUGUGUGUGAGAGUCUACACAGGUGCUAAGUAGUUGUGGCUGCCUCAUCUUCUGACUUACAGUAAUUGGAUUCUGUACAGUUAUGUCAUUGUAAUGAUUUUGCUCUUAACUGUGAUCUUUUUAUCAAAUGUGUGAAUAAAUACAUAAAGAUUGGUA